UUUCAAACAUUGAACUCCGUGUCAGAGAAAACAACUUGUUUUUCCCUCAAAUGGAGUACGAGAAGUACAUCACCCGGAUGGAAACAGGCCUUACGUCCUCCGAAGUGACUGUCCGCAAUAGCAGAAUCACUCUCCGAUAUACCAGCUAAAUACCACCAAAUCUGCCAUGCAUCCCAAGCCGGUUCAUUUGGACCUCCCUGUUCUGCUGAGUGCGCUGCUGUUUCUGGGACCUCUGGGCAGCAGGGGGCAGAAUGACACAGAGCCCAUUGUCCUCGAGGGGAAAUGUUUGGUUGUGUGUGAUUCCACUCCUUCAUCUGAGCCUGCCGGUAGCGCCUUGGGCAUGUCUGUACGCUCAGGCACCAGCCGGGUGGCCUUUUCUGCCACCCGGCAGACCAACCACGAGCCCACAGACAUGAGCAACCGCACCAUGAUCAUCUACUUUGACCAUAUUCUGGUAAAUGUGGGAAGUCACUUUGACCAGGAGAGCAGCGUUUUCCUGGCACCGCGGAGAGGAGUCUACAGUUUCAACUUCCAUGUUGUGAAGGCCUACAACAGGCAAACUAUUCAGGUUAGUCUGAUGCUGAAUGGCUGGCCAAUGAUCUCGGCGUUUGCCGGGGACCAGGAUGUGACCAGAGAAGCUGCCACCAAUGCUGGCCUAGUGAUCAUGGAGAGGGGGGACAAGGCUUACCUAAAACUGGAAAGAGGCAAUCUAAUGGGAGGCUGGAAGUACUCUACCUUCUCAGGGUUCUUGGUCUUUCAGCUGUGA